UAUCGAUAUCGAAUAUUUCUCUUAUCCAAAUCGAGACAACAAAGAUUGUCGAUAUAAUUAACUCAGUUUUUUUUCUUGAUGAGUUGUGGGUUAACCUCUUAACCCCAAAUAUUUAUGCCCGCAAAAAGAAUACCUAUGUGCUCCACAUUAUUAUCUGUUUAAAAACAUUUUGUAACACGAAAACAAAGUAUAGAAAUCGUAUCAUGAGAUAAAUUACGAAAGAGACGAUAAAAUAAGAAGUGGUAUUCGUACAGAUACGAUCUGACAGUCUAAACUCUAAAGGUGCGGUGCAUUCUUCGAAAAAUGGGCAAAAACAAACCAGAAAACGGCACGGGCAACAAUCAAAAGCCGAAACAAUUCAAACAAAACGGGGUACCGGUUUUUCAUUCGCCUUUGAACGAUUGCAUUGCGCCUCCCGAUAAGAAAUCAAAUUGCACGUGGUCCCGAAAUAAAGAACAAGCGAACCCCCACACCACACAAGAUUGGAGACGCACAGAGAAAAUCUUGCCAGACGCUUUGCACGCAAUUGGGAACACUCCUUUAAUUAAAUUAGGCAAAAUCCCACAAGCCGAAGGCCUCAAAUGCAACUUAUAUGUAAAGUGCGAGUUUUUCAACCCGGGAGGUUCCAUUAAAGAUCGUAUCGCCUAUAGGAUCGUCGAAGAUGCGGAGAAACAGGGUCUGCUUAAACCUGGUUCUACCAUUAUCGAACCGUCCUCAGGAAAUACAGGCAUCGGGUUGGCCCUGGCCGCCGCGGUUAAAGGCUAUCGCUGCGUUAUCGUUAUGUCCGAAAAAAUGUCCAACGAAAAAGUGUCGGUGCUGAAAGCCCUCGGCGCUGAGAUCAUCAGGACGCCUGUCGAUGCCGACUCGACGUCUCCUGAUGGUAUGUUCGGGAUGACCUAUAAAUUAAAACGCGAAAUUCCAAACUCGGUGAUUCUAGAUCAGUAUUCGAAUCCGGGCAACCCUCUGGCCCACUACGACACCACGGCUGAGGAAAUUUACGAACAGUGCGACAAAAAAGUCGAUAUGAUUGUGGUUGGUGCUGGAACGGGCGGGACGAUAUGCGGUAUCGGUAGAAAAAUUAAAGAAAUCUCACCGGAAACCAGGGUCGUGGGGGUCGACCCGGAAGGGUCGAUUUUAGCAGUGCCCGACACUUUAAACCAGACUGAUGUGUCAUUUUACGAAGUGGAAGGGAUAGGUUACGAUUUUAUCCCUACUGUUUUGGAUCGAUCUGUGGUUGACUUAUGGAUCAAAACCGUGGAUCAAGAUUCGUUGCCGAUGGCGCGCAGGUUGAUCAGGGAAGAGGGCUUGCUGUGCGGCUCGAGCAGUGGAGCAGCCGUGUGGGCCGCCGUACAGGCUGCCAAAGACUUGAAAGAAGGCACCAACGUCGUUGUAAUACUGCCGGACAGUAUCCGCAACUACAUCACCAAGUUCGUGUCCGACCAGUGGAUGGAGGCAAGAGGUUUCCUGCCUUGUGUCAACACCGAAAACCACUGGUGGUGGAACUUGGGCGUCGACAAGCUGAGCCUGCAACCGUUGGACCCGGCGCUCCCAAACAUGGUGUGCUUCCGGGCGAUGCAGUUCAUGAAGAAGUUCGGAGGCGACCAAUUGCCCGUGGUCGAUGAUAAAGGGGGUUCCAGGGGUAUCGUGGGUGUGGUUACGAUGCAGCGGCUGCUGGCUGCUUUCAAUUCCAAAACUGUGGACGAGAACGAUCCUAUCGAGAAGAUCAUGGCUAGGGUCUACCCUAGGCUUUAUAAGGGGGCAAGUUUGGGUUUGAUUUCAAGGGUUUUGGAGACGGAGCAAUAUGUUUUGCUAAUUGAGGAGGGGCAGGGUUCCGUAGCUGAGAAACCUGUGGGCAUAGUGACUGCAGUCGAUCUCUUGCAGUUCACGUUGAAACCACCCGCAAAGUGAAGGUUUUUGUCUAUUGGAUUUAAUACAUCAAGCCAAUACAUCGCGCAAGUACCCAUUUUGGCAAUUAAAACCAUUUCCCGUUUAAA